UUUAUCAUGGACCGUGGUGCCUAUUUUUUUUUGUAGUCGAUUUGUAACCAGAAAUCUGAAUUGCGAGUAAUUUCAUCAUUUAUAAACAUACUUUGAUCACGGUCGAGACCGAUUGAUCGAUUUUCUGUACGAAUUCUUUUCGAAUUUCGCCAGCCCUCAACAAAACGAUGGGUAAACAUAAGAAGGCCAUCAGUUCGGACGAAUCAUCCGAAUUUAGCGACGAUGAUAUGAGCAUGGCUAAGAAGAAGAAACGCUCCAAAGCUUCGUCACCGCCUAGUCGUAGCUAUACAACAAAGACCAAGAAAAAGUCCUCGAAGAAGCCUAUUUACGAUUCUGAUUCGUCAUCUUUGUCUGAAGGGGAAAUAGCCUCAGAUGAAGAGCCAAAGAGGAAACAACAGAACCGGAAGCGGCCUGGAAAAAAAUAUGACAUGUCUGAUGAUUCAACGGAGAGCAGCGAUGAGUCUGAUAUUCAAAGUCCAGUCCAAGAGAUUAGCCAGGUUAGCGAAUCUUCUGAAGAUUCUGAAGAAGAAUUCAAUGAUGGUUAUGAUGAAGAGUUGAUGGGAGAUGAUGAAGAUAGAGAACGUCUUGCACAAAUGACUGAAAAAGAACGAGAAACUGAAAUAUUUAAACGCAUUGAAGCUAGAGAAAUAAUGAAAACAAGAUUUGAGAUAGAGAAAAAGCUCAAACGUGCUAGGAAAAAGGAAAUGAAAGAACAAAAAUCAUUAGAAAGAAGCAUGUCCUCGAACAGAUCAGACUCACCAUAUUCAGGUUCUAUUCCUCUAGAUUUAAAAGAUCGUGUGAAGGAAAGAAAGAAAAAUGUUGAAGAAAAUAAAGGAAAAGGAGACAAAAAAGCUGCAAUGAGCUUGUUAAAAGCAAGAAGAGAAGAAAAACGAGAAAGAGAAGAAGAAAAAGAAAAACAACUUAAGAAAGACAUGGAGAAAAAAGCAGACGAUGACGAUGAAGAAACUAGUGAUAAACAAAGUGAUCAAAAUCAAUCCAAAUUAAAAGCUUCAGACAUAUAUUCGGAUGACAGUAAUUCUUCUAGUGACACUGAUUCGAGUGAAUCGGUUAAAAAAUCAAGCCGUCACUUUUUUGACUCUGACUCAGAUACCAAUGAGAAAAAAGUACAUUAUAUUACAAAACGAGAUGAAUUGAAUAAAAUUAGAUUGUCAAGAUUUAAAAUGGAAAAAUUCGUGCACUUGCCAACAUUCGAGAAAACUGUUAUAGGUUGUUUUGUUCGUAUUGGAAUCGGCAAUUAUAAUGGAAUUCCUGUUUAUAGAGUUGCUGAAAUUUGUAACGUUUGCGAAACAGCUAAAGUAUAUCAGUUGGGAAGUACUCGUACUAACAAAGGAUUAAGACUUAAGCAUGGAACUAAUGAAAAAGUUUUUCGUUUGGAAUUUAUAAGCAAUCAAGAGUUUACAGAGAGUGAGUUUGUUAAGUGGAAAGAGCUAUGUCACAUGAAUAGAAUACCAUUACCUACUCUUGCUGAACUUGAAAUGAAAGUGAGAGAUGUUAAAGCUGCUCUGGCAUAUCAAUUCAAAGAAGAAGAUGUUGAACAGAUUGUUCGAGAGAAAGAGCGUUUCAAAACAAACCCCCAUAAUUAUGCAAUGAAAAAGACUUCAUUAAUGAAAGAUAGAGAUGAUGCACAAGCUCUUGGCAAAGUAGAAGAAGUUUUGAGAAUUGAACAGCAACUAUCAGAUUUAGAAGAGCGGGCAAAUCAUUUAGACAAAAUGAGAACAAGCACAAUAUCUAGUAUAAGUUACAUAAAUGAUAGAAACCGUAAGCGAAAUGUUGAAGAAGCUGAAAAAGCUAUUUUGGAGGAACUCAAGGCUAAUAAAGGAAAAAAAAUUGAUGACCCAUUCACUCGUAGAAGUACAAAACCAUGUAUGAAGUUUAGAGCAAAAACAAAUUCUGCUAUUGACGGUUCAAUAGUUCCGGAAGUUGAAGAAUCCAAAACUGAUAUUGAAACCAAUAAUGACGUUAAGAAUGAUAGUAGUUCAUCAAAAAGCAAUGUGAUGAAGGGCGAUGAUUUAUAUGCAGUACAUGACUUUGAUAUUGACUUAAACAUACAGUUACCAAUUUAGGUAUUUAAUAUUAACUAUAUAAAAAAAAAAGAAAGAGUUCUUGUGAGUUAUUUUGUAAAUAUAAUUAAGUAAAGUAACUAUUAUAGAAUUGUGACUUGUAA